UAACGGCGUUGCGGAGGGUCUGGACCAUAUCCGAGGAACAUGAGCAUGGAUUGAAGCAGACGAAAGACUGUAGUGGGUGGGACCUAACUGGCAGUGGAACCCUACUCACAUGUUUAAGCAGUUAUUGCUGGUCGCUCUUAAAUAUAGCUGGGGUAACUUUGGUACUGCAUUGGCGCUGGAGUUUUGAAAGUGUUUCCACAUCACAGGAAAAGUGUAUUUUUAUUAUAGGAUGCUCACAUUGUUAGCCAUCUGGCAACUUUGCAAAGCUGUUACACCGGUACUUGGCAAUGUAAAUACUGUCUAAUGGUAAUCUAAAAGCCCCUUUACCAGGAUGAAUGUUUUCAGCAAAGGGGGUUUCUGCUUGUGGUGGAGGUUACUGGCGUUCUUAUGUUUCUGGGUUGGGAUACUUCCAAAAACCAGCGCCUGCCCCAAGUCAUGUGCUUGUUACGUUGCGACUGAAGUGCACUGUACAUUUAGAUAUUUGACAUCUGUACCUGAGGAAAUUCAGCCAACCGUGGAACGCAUCAAUCUUGGGUAUAACAGUUUAAUACAAUUAAACGAAAAAUAUUUUUCUGGACUUAAGCAUCUUGAGUUGUUAAUGCUGCACAGCAAUGCAAUCCAAACCAUAGCAGACAAGACUUUCAGUGAUCUGCAGUCGGUUCAGAUCCUGAAGAUGAGUUACAAUAAAGUCAAAGAACUGAACAAGUACACUUUCUACGGUCUUCACAGCCUAAUAAGGCUCCAAAUGGAUCACAACAAUAUUGAGUUUAUUAACCCUGAAGCCUUCUAUGGACUUACAUCAUUAAAACUGGUUCACCUGGAAGGGAAUGCGAUCCGACAGCUUCACCCUGAUACCUUUGUUACCCUGCGUUACAUUCAGAUCUUCAAAACAUCUUCCAUCAAAAAUAUUUACCUCUCAGACAACGCCUUGAGCAGCCUACCGCCUGAAAUCUUUACUUACACUCCAGACCUCGAGAGCGUCUAUCUACAUGGAAACCCGUGGGCCUGUCAUUGUGACAUGGAAUGGUUUGUGAAAUGGAUGGAAGAAAAACCAGGAGUGCUGAAGUGCAAACGAGACAGAUCAUAUGCCAGUGGUUUUCAGUGUCCAAUAUGUGAAACACCUGUUGCAUCUAAAGGCAAAGAUAUGUCAAGUCUUCCCUUUUCAGCCUUGGCCUGCUUCAAACCUGCGAUAGAUCCUCACCUUAAACAGAAGAAUAUUUCCUUAGAUGAAGGAGACUUCACUCCAGUUUCUUCCAGUGACUUUAUUGCACCAAUUGGAUCUAUGGUUCUGAAUAUGACAGAUCAGUCAGAGAGUGAUGCAAGUGUGGUCUGCUCUGUCCAGAGACCCAGAGCAUUAAAAGGACUAUCCGUAGACGAGAAGGAUGACGUCACGUUUUUAAGUGCAUCUUUCUCCACGUAUUUGGUGUGUAAUAUUGACUAUGAGCACAUCAAGCAGCUCUGGAGGAUACUGGCCAUGUACAGUGACUUACCUAUGACACUUUCAAGAGGUUUGAUGCUUACUAAAACACCAUAUAUAAGUUACAAGUAUCAACAAAAAGAAGAUGACGAAGAAGCCGCCUUUAGUGGAAUAGAAGCGGAAGUCAAAGCAGAUCCUAUAUGGUUGAUGCAAGGACAGUUUACAUUGCAAUUAGACAGGAAAACAACUACAUUCAGUACACUUCAUAUCAAAUAUGCAAGUGACAUUCAAAUGAACAUCGAAAGUAAACCCCACAAAUACACUUGGACCAUGAUAAAGAAAGAUAACACUACAAAAACAGAGCACUCAGUUUUGAUAGGUGGCACAACGGAACUGGACUGCCAAGCCUUUGGUGAACCCAAGCCUGCAAUUGAAUGGAUUAUGCCUGAUGGUAGCAAAGUGCGUGCACCAUACAGUAGCGAAGACAGGAGGAUUAUAAUUACUACGUCUGGCAGAUUUACAUUAAAGGCAGUGGACAGUUCUGAGACAGGAUUGUAUCGCUGUAUAGCAACAAAUUACUUAGAUGCAGACGUGCUUGCCUUUAGGAUUACCGUUUUAAAUCCAGAUGUGGAAGAGAUAGAUGUCAAUGGUGCUCAGAUUUCCAGAGCUCUUGGAGAAAGUCUGUUUCUUCCAUGUGGAUCUGUUGGCAUUCCUGAAGCAUCAAUUAACUGGAUAUUACCAGAUCAUACUGUGCUAGACAAGUCAUUAGGAAAUAAAAAACUUUAUCAAAAUGGCACAUUAGGAAUUCAGGGGAUAACUGAAAGAGAUUGUGGUUUUUAUAGAUGCCUUGCAUCAAAUCACUAUGGAGUUGACAUUUUAUCUUCCAAAGUAUUGCUUGCAGACAUUCCUAGCCGGGAAACUACAUCAAAGGUGGAUAAUAUGGAUAAUAAAUAUCUAUCAGAAGGCAAUGAGGGGUCAGGAAAUGAAGGUGAUUCUGCCUCAGAGCAAACCCAAACAGAUUAUAAGGAACUAUCUCCAAGCGCAUCCCUUAAAACCAGGCAAGAAUCUAGAACUUUAACUUCAAACAGAGUAUAUCCUAGACAAAGGAAAACACAAGACAGGACUUCACUGCAAAGGAAAAACGGUUUAUCAAGCAAUAGGAGAGUCUGGGGAAACAGGAGGACAUUUAAUAAUUCAGUCAGGAAAGUAGAUCCUCAGCAGUUUGCACAGUUCAUGGCAAAGACUAAAAAUAAUAAAGCAGCCCAACGUCAAAAUGAAAAAAUGACAGACAAGCCAUCUACAAAGAGCUAUUCAAAUUUGUCAGGGGAUAGAGAAGAAACCUCAGGCGAGGUCUUAGCUGAGGAUGAGCUUUUAAUAAUUACAACAAAGAUACCCAACAGUGUUUUAACUACCAUAGAAACUAAUUCUGAGGAGACAGCUGUUGUGUAUCCUGAAUCACAUGAACUGUCGAUAGAGAUGACAAGCACCCCUGUGACAAUGAGUAGUCAUGGAAAUGAGAAUAAUGCACGUACAUCUUCAAAGCCAACACCAUACACAACAACUCCAUACACAACUGUCAUUCCUAAAGUAAAUAAAUUAAACACAUAUGGGCAAAUCAAUGAAAGACCCUUAUCUCAACCUUCCACAGUGAAAUCCAUAAUAACAGACUCCAGCUCUGAAAUGCAAUCAGCAUUUUCAGGUGAAUCAACUACAUAUCUUAAAACCUCAACCACAGUUCAGCCUUUAUUAACUACAAAAGUGUCUAACAUUGGGUUAUAUGCAUAUGGACACAUCACUGAAAGACCCUUAACCCAACCUGCCCCAGUGAAAUCGAAAGUUACUGAGUCAAGUAAUGGAAUGCAGCUAAUAUUUUCAGGAGGACCUAAUGAAUAUCUCGAAAUCUCAACAUCUGUUCAGCCUUUAUUAAGUAGAAAGGCACACAAUAUAGCAAUGCCAGAAUUAACUAUUGGAAAGCCAGAAACUCCAGUUAAAGUUUCAACAGAAUUUAGUCAACAAAAAUCUGUGACAGCCAUCACAACUCAAGGUGAACGAGAUGAGAUAACGUUUUAUACCACACAGAAGAUAACAUCCCCUCGACUGCCUGCAGGAUCUACCAUAAUCUCCCAUCAACAGAUUCAGAUCAUUAGAGGCAACACUUCGAAUCCUUCUGUAAGUAAGCAGCGUACUGGCAAAAUAAGAAAGUUCCCUGGUAGGCGCAGAAUUAUUAGACCAAACAAAAUUCCAGAUAUACAUGCAUACUUGCAUACAUUUGUGAAGUCAAACAAAGGUUCCGGAAUAUUUGAAAAAGAUAAUGCUGCCAUUCCUAUAUCCAUAGAGCUAACUACAAAAUGUGAGUAUCACAUAACCAAUGCUCCACCCGGGAUUGCUGAACCAGGUCCUGAAAAAACUGGAACCAGUACCACUGAAGCUAGUAGAAAGGCUAAAGAUCCUACCAACGUGGUCAAACCCUCAUCAAAAAUUGAUAGUCAGUAUAAUUCUGUAUACAAUGUAUCUAAAACAACUACCAAACAAACAGAACCACAAAGAUCACUUAUAACUCUUACCUUUGCUCCACCUGACCGAACCAAAGAACCUGUUAUGACAUCAGUCAGUACCAGCAAAGCUGACAGACUCUACACCACCACCACCCAAGCUACCACAACAUCCUCUACAGUUAUUCAAGGGAAAAUUCCUUGGAAAAAACUUUUUGGAAACAGACAUAGUCAAAAGGAACUGCUUAAGAGAUUGCGCAAACCAGUACAACCAGUGACCACCACAAAAAUGACACCAGCAAAAACUACCACUACCACUGCACCAACAAAAAUGACAGUCGCUCUGCCCACAAGUGAGGCCCUAGCCUCAACUUUGACAAAUGCUAUUGACCAGUCUUCGGUCAUUCAGUCCUCAUUAUCCUCAUCAGAUUAUGCUUCUGGGUCUACUUUUAUCACUGAAAGUCCACCAUCAAAAAAAGUCCUAGCCCCACCUUUUACAACUCUGGCACCAGCUAUUGGCCAGACUGCAGUCAUUGAGUCUUCAACAACCUCCUCUGAUUAUGCUUCCGGGUCUUCUUUUACCACUGAAAGUCAACCAUCAAUUAAAGUGCAAGCCCCGCCUUUGACAACUUUGUCCCUUGUCACUGAUAAUAGUGCUGCUGUUCAAUCUUCGCCUUUCUUGCCUGAUUACACUACUACUGAAACACCACCAGAAACUAGAAUCCUAGAUUCACCUUCACCAACAAUGUCAGGAGCUACUGAUCAUACUACUGUGAUUCAAUCCACGGCUUCCUUGUCUUAUUCUCAUGGGUCUUCUAUUACUACAGAAAUACAGCCGGCAACCAGAGUCAUUGCUUCACCUUUGUCAAAGACUGCAGUCAUGGAGUCUUCAGCGACCUCUUCUGACUUUUCUUCAGGAUCUGAAGAACAGACAGCCUUAGACCUGCUCCCAGCUGUUACCCCUGUAAAGACUACAGCUGCAAUAUCCAAGCCCAAAACAUUUACUUUCACUGGCACAACAGUUAGCAGCCCUGCCAAAACCACUUCAACCACUACCAGAAAGCAAAUUGUACCUUUUAGAAGAAAUGGACUUCGCCGCCGAAGACCAAAUAAAAAGACAGUAAUGACCCAACAUACCACAGCAGUUCCAAUGAGGAAAAAAGAGGCUCCCACCACAAUGAAAACUACCACCAGCAGCACCAGCUCUAAGGAAUAUUUUACUACAACUACUGUGAAACCUACAACUACAACUACAGUCCAGAUAAUAACUACUAACAAACCUACUACAGCUAUGCCUACCAAACCUGCUACUACAACUAUCAAACCUACAACUACUACCAAACCUACUACUACAACUAUCAAACCUACAACUACUACCAAACCUACAACAACAACUACCAAACCUACUACUACAACUAUCAAACCUACAACUACUACCAAACCUACUAAACCUACAACUACUACCAAACCUACUGCUACAACUACCAAACCUACUACUACAACUAUCAAACCUACAACAACUACUACCAAACCUACUACGACUGCAGCUACAACAAGACCUACAACUACUACAAAACCUACAACUACUACUAAAUCUACAACAACAACUACUAUCAAGACAAGUGCUCCUGAAACUACAACUCGUGCUGUCAAAACCAUUUUAGGAAUCCCGUCUACUAAAUCAACAAAAACCACACAAAGUUCACGCUUUAUAAAACCCAGGCCAAAUCAAUUUACAGCUACCUUGAUAGAAACAAAAUCUGUCGAUGGAAGUGGGAGUUAUUUGCCUCAGCCAAAUAUACAGAAACCCACUCCUUCUCCAUCAACAAAAGUGACCUCAUGGUGGACUAGCAGGUUCUGGCAGAAACCACUUCCCGAGGCCACAGACAGAGGAAAGACUUUAACUAUUAACACGCUGACGAUACUAAAGGCCCCUCAAAGGUACACAAAAGCCUCACCUACUUUUAGCAGCGACAUUGAAAAUGCCAUAGCUAAUAGAUAUGAGAAACACACUGAAUUAGAAGAAUCAACUUCUAACAUAAUAGCCAUGGAACCUUUGUCAAAGGACCAACCAUCAAAGCCCAGAAUAGUGGGUGGGAAUGCAGCCAGCUUCACUGUUCUUUCCAACUCUGAUGCCUUUGUGCCCUGUGAAGCUUCUGGAAAUCCUAUUCCUACAAUAACCUGGACCAAAGUUUCUUCAGGUACUACGUUGACUAUGAAGGCCAAACAUGGGAACAGAUUUGAAGUUUUUAAAAAUGGGACAUUGUCUAUCCAGAAUGUACACAUUCAGGACCGUGGACAGUACCUUUGUAUAGCAGAAAACCAGCAUGGAUCUGACAAACUUCUUGUUACACUGUCUGUAGUGGCUUAUCCUUCACGAAUCCUGGAGCCAAAGCUGAGAGAAAUUAAAUCUCAUUCUGGAAACACUGUGAUAAUAAAAUGCAAAGCAGAAGGAAGACCACCACCUAUUGUCUCAUGGAUUCUUGCAAACAAAACGUUUGUCAGGGGUCCUGUUUCAGAAAACAGCAGAGUUUCAGUGGAUUCGGAUGGGACUUUGACCAUUAAGGAUGUUAGCGUGUAUGAUAGAGGACAUUACAAAUGUGUGGCAAGCAACCCAGCUGGUGCCGAUACAGCCACAAUCAGACUGCAGGUAGUAGCUGCACCCCCUUUUAUUACAGAAGAAAAAAGACAACAUGUGAAAGGAGAGAUAGGUCAAUAUUUGAGGCUGCCCUGUACAGCCAAGGGAAAUCCACAGCCAACAGUGCGAUGGGUUCUGUUUGACGGAACUGAAGUUAAACCUUUGCAGUAUGUCAAUGCAAAACUGUUUGCAUUUGCUAAUGGGACUCUUUACAUCAAAAACUUAGCCACUUCUGACAGCGGAAACUACGAAUGUAUUGCUACAAGUUCGACUGGCUCAGACAGAAGGGUGGUUAAUUUGAUGGUGGAACAUGUGGAGACUGUACCCAAAAUAGUGACUGCAUCGGAUCAAAGAACUGAGGUUAAUUAUGGAGACAGGUUAUUGCUAAACUGCUCAGCUAUCGGAGAUCCCACUCCUCGAAUCAUUUGGAGAUUACCCUCAAAAGCUAUUGUAGACCAGUGGCACAGGAUGGGAAACCGGAUCCAUGUGCAUCUUAAUGGCACCUUAGUUAUCGAUUCUGUCAGUGAAAAAGAUGCCGGGGAUUACCUCUGUAUUGCCAGGAACAAGAUCGGAGAUGAUCUUCUGCUAAUGAAAGCCACUGUGGCAAUGAAGCCUGCAAAGAUAGAAUACAAGCAAUUCAUAAAAAAACAAGUGCCAUACGGAAAUGACCUGAAAGUAGACUGCAGAGCUUCUGGAGCCCCCGAACCUGAGAUAACAUGGGGUUUGCCGGACGGUACGAUGGUAAACAGUGUGCUACAGGCUGAUGACAGUGGCACCAGGAGACGCCGCUACAUUCUCUUUCAUAACGGAACCCUGUACCUAAACAAGGUCGGGGUAGCUGAAGAAGGAGACUACACUUGUUAUGCAGAAAAUACCCUUGGGAAAGACGAGAUGAAGGUCCACGUCACUAUUGUGACAGCAGCUCCUCGCAUCCGGACCACAGCCCAUACGUUUGCAAAAGUGGAAGCAGGUGCAAAGGUGAUGUUCAACUGCGAGGCAGUGGGAGAGCCCAAGCCAAAGAUAAUGUGGCUCUUACCAUCUAAUAACAUGAUUUCAGCUUCGAAUGACAGGCAUCUGAUGCAUGUAAAUGGUUCGCUGGCUAUCAGUAAUCUCAAGGUGACAGAUUCUGGUGAAUAUCUGUGUGUAGCCCGAAACACUGUGGGAGAUGACACAAAGGUCUUCAAGCUUGAGGUUGAUGCCAAUCCCCCAAUUAUAAAUGGAUUGUAUUUAAACAAAACCACUGUUAAAGACAGUGCAGUGAAACACACAAAAAAGCUCAUUGAUUGCAAGGCUGAGGGAACUCCAACGCCACAAGUCAUGUGGAUUAUACCAGACAAUAUUUUCUUAAACGCACCGUACUAUGGCAGUAGAAUAAUAGUACACAGGAACGGCACAUUGGAAAUUCGCAACGUCAGAGGGACGGACAUGGCUGAGUUUGUAUGUGUAGCUCGUAAUGAUGGAGGAGAGACUGUUAUGGUGGUGCAGUUGGAAGUCACCAACAUGUUGAGGAGGCCCAUGUUCAAGAACCCGUUUAAUGAGAAAGUAAUGGCAAGAAUUGGUAAGACCACUAUCUUAAAUUGUUCUGCUGAUGGAUACCCUCCACCGGAAAUGAUCUGGCUUCUGCCAAAUGGGACAAGGUUUACUAACAGUCAAAAGAUUACACAGUACCAACUGGGAAGCGAUGGCACCUUUGUCAUUUAUAACCCCAGUAAGAGCGAUGUUGGAAAGUACAGGUGUGCCGCCAGGAACAAGGUUGGCUAUAUUGAAAAACUGAUUGUUCUGGAGGUUGGUCAGAAGCCAUAUAUCCUUACUCAACCAAAAGGGCUCAUUAGAAGUAUCAGUGGACAGCCUCUUUUCCUUCACUGUCUCUCUGAGGGUAGUCCCAAACCCAAAGUCAGCUGGACAGUUCCAGGUGGAUACAUGUUGUCUAGACCUCAGAUAAAUGGGAAGUAUAUUCUUCUUGAAAACGGAACUCUUGUUAUUCAAGAGGCUGGUGUUCAUGACAGAGGGAAUUACAUUUGCAAGGCACACAAUGACGCCGGGGAGGCUACAAUAACAGUGCCUGUGAUAAUCAUAGGCUACCCACCUCGCAUAACCAGCGGGGCGCCGCAGAGUGUGCGCACGAGGGCCGGGGCAGCUGUUCAUCUUAGCUGCUUGGCAAUUGGGAUUCCCAAACCCGAAAUUACAUGGGAGCUGCCCAAUCACUCAGUGCUUUCAACGGCUGGCAAAGGCCGGCUUACUGGCAGUGAGCUUCUACACCCACUGGGCACGCUGGUCAUCCAGAAACCAAGCGUUUUGGAUUCAGGAACAUACAAGUGCUUAGCCAAGAAUCACUUUGGCACCGAUUCAAAAAUAACAUAUAUUCAAGUUGUGUAAUAAAAAAUAAAAAAUAAAAAAAACACCACGACACAAAAGAAUGUUUGUUGUUUAUCUAAGCAU